UCGGCGCGGUCGCGGGGCGGGGCCGGGCCGCCGAAGCUGUUCCGGGCCGCGGGGCAGCCAUGGCGGAUGAGGAGGAGGAUGUGCCGUUCGAAGAGGACGCCGAGGACGCCGGCGGGGGCCUGGACGGCGGGCAGGGCAGGAGGAAGCGGCUGUUCUCCAAAGAGCUAAGAUGCAUGAUGUAUGGAUUUGGAGACGACCAGAACCCUUACACAGAAUCGGUGGACAUUCUUGAGGACCUGGUAAUAGAGUUUAUCACUGAAAUGACACACAAGGCCAUGUCCAUUGGGCGGCAGGGUCGGGUGCAGGUGGAGGACAUUGUCUUUCUAAUACGCAAGGACCCCCGGAAGUUUGCCAGAGUUAAAGACCUCCUAACUAUGAAUGAAGAACUGAAACGAGCCAGAAAGGCCUUUGAUGAAGCAAACUAUGGGUCUUGAAUCUGUGCACAAGCUGCGCUGGGGCAUUAUUUGGCCACCUGCUGCCCACUAAGAAGGAAGAUCAUGCAUGUUGUUUGGAAGGGUUUUUUAGGAUGGAGGUCACUGCUGGGAUGUCUGCCCUCACUCCCAGCCUUUUCUGAGAAAUAUUAGUUGAAACAUUACCUGAUUGUAUGUGGUAUACUUAGGUAUUUUUAUACCAUUUGAGGAAAUGAGGAAAAGACCUCUAAAAAUUCCUGCAAUCGGAGGAAUCUGUUUCAAGUGUUGCAUCAAUUGGCUCAAGGGCUAAUGAUUCCUGAUUCUCUAAAAUUGUUUCAGUUGUCACUGGGUAUUCCUGUGACAGGAAACCUUGAAAAUGGGUCUUGGUUAUGUGUACAAAGACCUUAAGCCCAAACUACUAACAAAGUUGUGCUCUUUGCUCUGUGUAUGCAUUUUGAAUAAAACAUAAGUCUGUG